UAUUUCAGAGUUCUACUCAAUCUAGUAUUUUAUCGUUUCUUUCUCUUCGUUUUUUAAUGUAAACAAACAUGUCUCUUGAUGGAAAGGUCCAAUUAAAAUUUGAGUGUAACAGAUAUAAUUGUGCCUAAAAUCUUUGUUUAGGUCAUCUUUAUGAACUUAAAUUUUCUCAUAUUUCAUUUUUGAACUGAAUUGUUUAAACUUUAGUGAAAUAAUUUUAAACUGACUUAAAUGUAAAUAGUCAUACUUCGUUGCUAUGUCAAAGAGAAACUAAAUAUGUCAACAGUUAUGACUACAUGGUAUGAUAAGGAAACGGAAGGAAAAAAUCCAGUGUGCUCUGAUAUUAAUAUUAUUACGAAGUCAUGCUGCCUGUCUGUGGAAAAUGAAGAUGACAAGUACUAUAAACAUGCUGAUGAAAUUUCUCAAGAGAUUGAUACUGAGCUUGGUUUAUCAGAAAACCACUUUUCACGUCCAGAGGGCUAUUUCUGUUUCACAACUACUGAAGAACUAGAAAUGGCUAUUGAACGCUGUAAAGAUAUGAUUAGGGUGAUAGCAGUUGAUAAUGGAGAGAAAAGUAAAGAUAGAAAAAAAUACUUGGUAGCCAAACUUGUUCAAUUAAAGUUAAAACUUCAAAAGAUAAAUGAGGCUCCUGCUAAUCUUCAAGACUUGACUGUGGUAAUGGGUCACAAUUUUGAACUUCGUAGCUUAGAACGACCUCAACAAUAUUGUGAAAAGUGCUGUGGCAUUAUUUGGGGUGUGAUGAAAAAUUGGUAUCGCUGUGUGGAUUGUGGUUUCAAAUGUCAUAGCAAAUGCUUAAAUCUCAUAACAAGGAUCUGUGCUAAUACUAAAGUUCUAGAAAAUGGCAUUUAUGAACUGUGUCCUUGUCCAGAAUCGGGACUAUCUCAACAAAAAUUUAGAUGUGCGGAAUGCAAGAAAAAAUUUAUAUUUAAAAAUGAUGCCUGUUUACCCAGACAAUGUGAUUACAAUGGCCUCUAUUACUGUUCAAGGUGUCAUUGGAAUAGUAUUUCUGUUAUUCCUGCCAGAGUUAUUCACAACUGGGAUUUCACACCAAAGAAGGUUUGCCGUGCUUCUCUUCAGUUCCUAAGGCUCAUGAUUAAGAAACCUAUAUUAAAUAUUGAAUCUCUAAAUCCGACAUUAUUUGCCUUUAUUACAGAAUUGGGAAACAUAAAGAAAUUACGUCAAGAUAUUCUGGUCAUGAAGAAAUAUUUCCUUACUUGCCACGCAGCCUUAGAAGAAAAAUUACUCCUCCAAUUAAAAGAUCGUCAACAUUUUGUAGAAAGUUCUGACAUUUACAGCCUUCAAGAUUUAAUAGAUGCAUCAUCUGGGCAUUUAUUUACAUAUUUAGAAAAAGUUCAUUCUACAUUUAUUGCUCACAUCACUCUUCGUUGCCAGGGAUGUAGAGGUAAAGGAUUUAUUUGUGAGCUAUGCAAAUCUGAAGAUGUAAUAUUUCCUUUUGAUCCUCGAACUGAUAUAUGUUGCAGCUGUUCAUCUGUUUUCCACCAAGAUUGUUACCUUCGUUGGGAAGGUCCUUGCCCAAAAUGUGCUCGAAGGGGAAAACUUCCUGUUGCUGCUUCAAAUUAAAGAACAUUUUAUGACCUGAUGGAUGUGUAUAUAACAUUAUAUAUAAUUCAAAUAUAUUUUAAUUCUAUAUGUAAAAAGAUUUUAUUGCAAAUGUAAUUUUUAUAUUUAUUUAUGAAAAAUAUGAAUGUUUUACUUAAUAAAGAUUUAAUUUU